AGCAGGAGUAAUUUUCAAUUCUCCUACUUUGCUUUUCAAAGCGUAUAGAGUUAGAACCUAGAAGAGGCUAAACAUUAAUAUCACAGGCGCCUACUUGUCCUCAACUCAAUUAGCAAUUGGUUCAGCACUUUCGAGUGUACAGGAGGGGUAAGCAACUACAGACACAAUAGCUGCGCUCGCCGUCUUAAAAGUAGAACAGAGAGGUGGUCUUACAAAUAGAAAACUGUUGACACAACUUGUCUCGCAGGAUGGUUGCUGCUCCACCUUCGAUUUCGGGGACGUUACUGGAAACAGCGCAAAACGCAGCUGGUGGAAAGGCUGGAAAACCCGAGCAGGCGGCUUUGUUAAGGCUGCCACGGAUCGAUGUCGCAUGACGUACACUUAGUAUUUUUAAAUUGUUUGAAAAGGAAUGUUCGUGGGGCAUUAGCUUCCAAAGUCGACUGAAUAGGAUAUCCGUGACAUUCGCAACAACUUAGCAUCAACUGAAGACAACUUGAGACAUCCUGCGCGCGGCUUCAUCUGCGACUGGGUUCCACGAGCACAAUUACCUUCCUCUAAUUUGUGCGGCACGACCGGCCGUUGAGGCAGACAACGGCACGCUCGAGAUACUGAUCGGAGACCGGAUUGUGGAUGUCACGAAUUAUAUCAAAAAACAUCCGGGUGGGCGCGUUCUUCGUUUUAUGGCGGGAACAGACGGCACCGAUGCCUUCGCGCAGUUUCAUCACCGGUCCAAGCGCGCUGCUACCACGUUAGCCCGCCUUCCCCAGCGGGAGCCGCAAGACCGAGCGGAGCUUGACCGUUUUCUUAUGAACUCCGUAAAGAACGGCUAAUUGACCCGCUUGCGUACUGAUAACAAUCGGGUAGUUGUAUGAUAUGCACUCGUGUGGACAAUGGUCUCGAAGUCGAAGUGUUUUUGCUGGUUCUCGUUAAUAUUCAUGCACAGCGGCGUCGCUGUCGCGUCAUAAUUUUCUAGUAUUUAGUUUUACUGUGUAAAGUGGUUGACGAGUAUUUCUGCUCUAAAUAGGUACGUGCAGACGCUGAGUUGUAGCGUCAAGGCCCCGUCCAUAACUCAAGGGCCCCACCCCUUCACCACUCAAGCGCGCGGCCCGUUCACUGCUUAAGUGCCUCGCGAGGCCCCUGGUACAGCGCAGCACCCGGCCCGGCGAAACCGUUAAGCGCCGCGAGGAAACUGCGAAGCGCGACGGCGCGACGUCAAGCGCGACGGCGGAGCCGUUAAGCGCCGCGGCGAAACCGCUACGCGCCGCGGCGCACCCAUUAAGCGCGACGGCGAAACCGUUAAGCGCGACGGCGAAACCGUUAAGCGCCGCGGGGAAACCGUUAAGCGCCGCGGCGAAACCGUCAAGCGCCGCGGCGGGGCCGUUAAGUGAAGCGGCGGGAAGCGUGCCUGGCGCCCCUCGCAACAAGACCACCGCCCAUUAGCGCGAUUGCAGUUCCACCUCUUUCCGAUCUGCAUCCAAGCUGUCGGCGAUCCCCUUUGCCAUCUCCAUCCACCCCUGUCGGUGAGGUCCAACUCUGCUGUCCUAGGGAUCCGCGAAUUGACUUGACAGAUCUUCUCCACCUCUUUUUCAUGUUAAGCAACGUGGGAAACCAAGCGCUGCUAGCAGACAUUCGAGCGCUGGAGAGCGAUCUGGAGAAAGAAGGUUACUUUGAGCCAAGUCCGGGCCAUGCGGUCUACCGAGUUGCUGAGAUCAUUUUUUAUGAUCAUAUGUUAGUUUAUCAAAUGAUACUUACAUCUAUGUUACAACUCUGAUAUAUCUUUUUAGCACGUCUCUGAGCGCAGUGGGCAGAGCGUAAACCAUGAGGUCGUGGAGGCAUACACCCGGAUUCGAAAUUGGGUAUUUAGGAAUUAAGAAUGACUAUCUAAGGUGACCUUGAAGAAGUGGAUGAUGCUGGAGCCUAGUGAAUAAAUUAGGUUUUGUUCGUCUACAUACUCUAACGCGAUUUGCACGCUCUGGGCGCAUGGGUGCUUGCACAGGUGCCUUCCGGUAACGGCGGACUGAUGCAGGCUCUCACAGGCUGUCUAGUCCUGGCCGCCGCGCUGGUGAUGGGAAUCGCUCAGGGCCGUUGUGGCUGGCUCCAGCACGAGGGCGGCCACUACAGUUUGACGGGCAGCAUGAAAGUGGACCUGCGUCUUCAACAGUGCAUUUAAGGCAACAGAGAGCACCCAUCUUACAGAGCAUUAUUAUUAGCCGUUUUCGUAAGAGAAAAUAAAGGCGGCAAGGAUGCAGUCAGUGGUACUAAAACGCUGUAGCUCUAAUGCAGUUAUGGUGUCGGAUGCGGCAUGGCCGGUUCCUGGUGGCGCAACCAGCACAACAAGCACCACGCGACCCCGCAAAAAGUCGCGCACGAUGUAGACCUGGACACUCUGCCCCUCGUCGCCUUUCACUCGGGGGCAGUCACCGACACGAAGAUUGGACGAAAGCUGGUAAAAGCGUGGAACGGGCACUGGGCGUCCCUUUAUGAAUGAAAGGAAAGAACGACCAGAUUGUUUCUUUGUAAAUGAAUGUACAGCUACAGGAAUUGAUUGUCCGUAGAUCAUAGAGCCUUUUCCUAGUUUCUGGUCGGUACAGGAACUUGCAAUUCCCAGCUACAGAAGCAAGGCGAUUCUGUGUAGUUCUAGCAUAGGCGGAAGUAUGAUAUCUAAUAAUUAGAGAAGGUGAACUGUCAGAGCGGCAGCCGCCCGUUCAACAAAUUUUGACUCUGCGAAUACAGGGUAUUUUAUUGGUCGAAAAAGAUUUAAGAUGACAAUGACUGUAUACCCGAAACAAGAACAAGAAAUUAUACGAUCCCUUCUUCUAACUCUUGUGGCUGAAGAACCAGGCCUAUCUGUUUUCUCCGAUCAUCUGCGGUUUAGUGGCUUUUUUUUGGCAGCUUUAUUUGCAUCCGCGUCACGCACUGCGAACAGGAAACACUCUCGAGCUUUUCUGGAUGGGACUUCGGUACUACUCUCGAAGUACUUACUGUUGCUGCGAUGCAUGAGACACCCGCACUUUUUAAGCUGUACACAGGACUCACUUAUGAAGCUCGACUAGGAGUCACUUUUCACUAAGGUAUGAAAAUUCUUUUUUCCCUCUUACCUUAGACUUAUCCCUCCAUGCAAACUACGUAUGAAAAUUGUUAAAGAUCAUGAGCAGGUUUUCUGACCUUGAAUUUCAUCGUACGAUCAGUAUUUUCUCAUUUUACCUCCAUUCGAAGUGGUCCAAUCAACGAGUCGUUCCUGAACAGGUAUGUCGUCUUCUACUCGGGACUUAUGGGGGGCCUCGGAUGGUCGUUCACCGGCGCUUUUGGUUUUUAUGUGUUGUAUACGCAGAUCGCAGCUAGCUAUAUCUUCACAAAUUUUGCGGUCUCGCACACGCAUUUGCCGGUCGUGGGAAAGGAAGAGCACCGCAACUGGGCAGAGUACUCAUAUGAGAAGGUGCCUUCACAACAUAGUCCGUCUUUCUUAUGAGGCCGAAUAAAUUAAAAUUACUCUGGCGCUCGUAUUUUGAGUGCACUCACUUAGAACAAAGGUUAUGAAGUGAUUGGAAAUGCAGCCCCAUAGUAUGAUCCAUGACCUCGUGCAAGCACGGGGGCGUAGGCGAGCACUUCAUGCCACACAUCUCGUUCCAUACCACACAGGUACGCUGCCGAGCACACUAUGAAUUGCGAAUCUCAUCCUUUGACUAAUUGGUGGAUGGCGUACCUGAACUUCCAGAUUGAGCAUCACUUGUGGCCGCAGAUGCCUCAGUUCCGGUUCCCGGAAGUAGCGCCAAGAGUUCGCAAGCUCUUCUUAAGGAGGAGAUUUCUUUGCUCCGUAGAAGUCAGGACGAUUUUUGUAGGGAUUUGAUUUUUCUCCUCUGGAAGAUUUUCGUUCUUCACGGAGAUUUUAUUUUGAAUUUUCAAUUUUCGUUUCUAAUCUUUGAACGCCACGGGCAGAAGUACCAGGUUCUCCCGUACUGGGAUGCGAUCAGAAUCACGCUGCGAAACCUUGAUAGCGUCGCGCACGAAGCUAUAGAACUUAGUUCGUUGUCGUAAUUAGAUUUGAUUGCACCGUUCUGCUUGAAUAGAGAACAUCAAAGGGAAGCCUUACUUCCCGGAAGGGUUACACUAGGUUGUCCUCGAAUAGAGAACAGAGGGAAAUAUGUACUGUUUUUUCAGGAAAUUUGUACACUCAUCUAGUAUAGAAGUCUUUUUUGCAACGGGAUUUUCUUAUACUUUGGGUCGAAUUUUUCAUGUCUUUCAAGAAUGUUUUGAAUCGACCUUAUGAAAAUUAGUAACCGCCAGUAGAGGUGGACUAGAGACGAAAACUACAGAUUGCAAGUGCUGUAAUCUGCAGUGUCUGGGUCUACUCGAGCCUGGUAUCUUAAGUUCAAGUUACUGAAAUAAGAAAAAUUUAUGAUUUAAAUACAGGAGCUGGAGGUCCCGUUCAAGUUCGUGAUGAUUUUCAUUUCAAGGACAUCUGUGGGAGUACUUCUUCAUAAUUCAACUACUAGCUUGACCUCGUCUAACUAUCCGGAUUGUCUAGUAGUUUAGCUCUUUUCAGAUUUGAGCUGGACGUCAACAAAGCAGCAGCACCGCGUGUGCAGAUGCAUGAGCUGCUGGGUUGCUUUCAAAGAAUUUAUGUCCUUUCAAAGAAUUCAUAUCGCUCACUGCUGUCAAUUCUGCGCUUGCACGCCCUUUGUUACUUUGUACAAUCAUGUUUGGAGAUUGUUCACUUCUUCGUUAACAUGUUUAUUAUGUCAUGGCCACUAAUUCGAUUUUUUUUUAUGAGCGCAAAUGUUAAUGCGUCAUACACAUACCAAUUAAUUAACGACCAAUGGGGAGACAAAAGGUCAAUCAACGCGUCAUUAUGAUAUGCAUUGUAUGUCCAAAGCGGAGUCUAAGAAAGCCAUGGUGUGUUCCACUAAAUUUCUGCUCUUGACUUUUCCAUCAUGUAAAUAUCUUGUACUUGUGGCAUCACAUCAAUAAUGUUGAAAAUAUGAUGCUAUGGAAUCUUACUGAUGCCGCAUGCAGGUAAAACUGUGGAUGGCGAGUCAAAUGCUAUCCUAUCCUAUGCCGCAUCCCUCGAGGCCAUCAUUGCCUACACAUUGUGAAGAAAUUUGCAGUCGAAACGAGUGUGCGGCAACAGCCCACUAGUACUACAUGGUCAACAUCAAUUAUUCUCCAUAUCGCGCAACGAUGGUUUUUACAUACAUCACUACCUGUCUCAUGCAGCAUCGCAUCAAUGCUCGCACAAAAUUGAUAUUUUUGUCACAUAUUUGAUAGUUCCCCUACUUGCCACGACUUUCUUCGUUCAGUACAACGCCUGUUGAGUGACGAAUGUUGGGC